AUGAGUCUGUUUUGCGAGGCAAGAGAGGAACUAGAAAACGAUUUACUCAAUUGAAUGGCUGAUAUAAAGCGUGAGCUUACAGAGUGCGCAGAAGAAAGAUCAGCUUUCUAUGGGUUCGAUUUUGAUACAGAAAUUCCUCGCACUAAUGAAGACCAAAGAUAUCAGUGGGAGGGGCUUUAUUCCUCUUCUAUUUCGAAGCUGCGGACUUCUAUAAAUUCAGAACCGGAAUCGACAAGAUCAACACUGGCUACAUUGCAGAAUGGUGUUGACGAGAUUCGUGAAAUCGCUGGACUAGUUCUGUGCAUUUCUGUAGAAGAUGAUUUUUUGAAAGAUCAUUAA